UUUUAAUAUGCUUAUGAAAUUUGGAGUAAAAGUAGAUUAAAUAUUGAAAAUAUUAAAUAUUUGAGUGAAAAGGUGAAAGUUAAUUUCAUUUCGAAGUACCGCACGACAGCAUUGGGCCCAAGUCUUUAACAAUAACAGUUUAAGACUACAUAAAAAAUUUAGAACAGCACGAAAUGCUGAAAAAAAAAGAUCGGCAUGUAAUAAAUUUGACUUUGUUCUGAACUUCUGGUCAGUCAGGUGUUUCGAAAGGUUAUUGUGGACGUAUAGUCUAUUUUGUUGAUUAGUCUAUGCCAGUGUUGGCUAAGUCAAUAAAACCAAAUAUUAAGUGAUGGGAAAAGUUCAUAAAGCGACUUCAGCUAAAGAAAAUCGUUGUAUGAUGCAGAAACCACGAAAAUCUUGGAAAACAUUAGGAGAUAAGUUAAAUAACUGUGAAACUGUGUGUGAGAUUGAAAUGUAUGAAAAUAAGACUGAGAAACAAUCAAUAGGGGAUGAAAAAAGAAGACUGAACAGUAGCAUGGAACAAACAAUAAUGGGCUUAGAGCCCUCAUUAAAACCAAAAUAUGACUGUAGCCAUAAUCUUAUUAAUAUUGUUUAUAAAGAUGAUAAAACACUCGAAAAUAACAAUGUCAAAGGUAUAAUACCUGAACAAGAAAAUACAGGCUUCAGUAAAGAGAAUAGAGAAAGUAUUAGCCUCAGAGUCAAAGAUGUCAGUUCCAAAGUUGGGAAAUGUCCUGAAUUGACCACUGAGUCUAGAUGUGUAAUAUGUGGCAAACCAAACAUUCCAGGUGUAAAUUAUGGGGUGAGAUGCUGCAGUUCAUGUAGGAGUAGAUGGUACUUUCUGAAAACAAAAAAACCAAGAGUGUGCUUGAAUCCAGAAGUCUGUCAUAAGAAAAUUUCUGGUCCUUCAAAACUAUCAAAAUGUAAAAACUGUCAAUACAAGACAUUUGUGAGAAAAGGCUUCCAAGAAAUAAAAAACAGUAUCAAGAAGUGUUCAGCAUGUGGGAGACAAAGACAGUUGUGUGGUGCAUGUGGAAUGUGGUGUUGUAUACCAUGUAAGAAUAAAUGGACCAAUAAUCGUAGAAGGACAAACAUCAGAUGUGCUCUGAACAUAUUGUGUAAAACAUCUUUCAACAAAAUUCCAAAAUGUUUAAUGUGUAAAAAGAAGUACUUCCUGAACUAUGGAUUCAAAGCCUCUGUAGGAUGUUCUUCUCCUUGCAAAAUCUGCAACCUGCGAAAGAGUAAAGUCAAGUUGUAUGGAAUAAAGGUCUGCUUCCAGUGUGAGCAUCAGCUUGGCAAGUUGAUAAAGAAAAGUUCUUUUUGUCAACAAGACAACAAUUGCAAUGUAAACAGAUAUACAAGGAAACCUAGUUGUCCUGUCUGCUUAUUGUACUAUUUUUUGGAGAGAGGAUUAAAACCUGCAAAACCAAUUAUGAAACAAAUUGAACAAAAACUACGGCUCUGCACAAGGUCUUUAAGAAAUAACUGUAUAGUUUUGAAUGCCAUUAGUGUUGGAAAGCAAAAUAUCAGGAUAAAAGCUAAUGAAAACAUUUUUAGAAAGUCUUCAAGAAGUAGUUCAUCUCUAUGUAAAAUAUGCAAUAGGAAGAAAAGCAGAAAUGAGCUAUUUGGGACAAAAAUCUGCUUUCAUUGUCAGCAUCAAUUUGACCAGCUAUUAAAAGAAAGUUCUACUUGCUGCCAAGACAGUUCUUGCAAUGUCAACAACCAGUUAAAGAAACCGAGUUGUCCUGUUUGUUGUUUGUGUUACUUUCUAGAGAGAGGAUUAGUACCUGAAGCAUCAAUUUCAAAUGCAAUUAAACAGAAAAUGAGAGGUUGUUCCAGGGCCGUUAGAAAACUUGGUAGAGAUUUUAAUAUCCUUGAUAAGAAAACACAAGGUAUUCCAGAAAUCAAGUUAAAAGCCUGUGAAGGAAUUUCUAGUACUUUGACAAACAAUACACCUGCUAGGGUAGGAGAAAUAACUCCUCCACUCAAACCCUGCACAGUCACACUAGAAUGUCUUUCUCCAAAAAAACUACCUACUUGUUCUUCAUCCUCUCAAAGUGACUGCAGAAGAAUGCAUAAAGGAAGUGAUUUAAAAAAAGAUACAGGUUACUAUUGUUUAUAUAACAGAAUACCUACUCAAAAACAACUCUCAACAUUGAGACAAGAAAAAGUGAUCUCAUCUUCCUCUGAGGUUUCCGAGAGAGAGUAUGAUGGAUUCAGAAAUGAAAAAGACAAUUACAGUGAUGCUGACAUUUCUAAUAAUAACAGUGCAGAAGUGGAUAGUGUAAAGGAAAUAGAGAGAGCUGAUGUUCUUGUGAGGAGAAAAGAAACACCACUAUAUUUUAGAGAAAGUUCAGAUAUUACUAAAGAAUUUUCUGUUAUUGAUGGUCAUACUAUUCAGGCAGAUGUAUCUUUGCAUGGUGUUAACUGCUUUGAUAAGUUACAUCUCAUUGAUCGUAAAUUGUUCUUAGAGUUUCUGGAAUUCAAGAAGAGAAAACAUGGACAAAAGAUAUUCUCAGGCUAUGCUGACAGCAGGAGUGUAACUUCAAUCCACACAAUGCAGAAAGUAAGCACCCUUAGAAAUGAACAGUGCUGUAGUGUCAAGGAAAGUGAGAAUAUUGUAAAUGUAAAUAAUGAAAGUGACAUAACAUUAGUCUCAAGUGAUAAUUCUGUCACUAAAAAGCCUGAUCUUCAAAUCGUUCAUAUUUUGUCUGAUGAUGCUGAAAAUUAUGUAAAUGUGGAUGAUUCAUCAGUAUCCUCUGUUCAGAUUCUUCAUACUAAAGAAGUGGAAAAUAGAAAUAUUUUUACAGUGAAACCAAUGAAAACUAGUGCUUUUUCUAAUGAUAAGGUGAAAGGAGAUGAAUGUUUUGUGGCUACAACUUCCUCACUGUCAAAAGAACGUCAAGGACUAACAGAACAAAGUUUUUUUUUUAAAAGAAAGAAAUACAGUGAAGAAGCAAAUUUAACUGGAACCAUUAAUGUGUUUUUAGGGCAAGAAGAAACAAUGCAAAAUGAGUCAGUGAAAUACAAUGUCAGAAGACCUGAUUUGGAAAAAGUCAUAGGCUACAAAAAAGAAACGAGUCCCUUAAAAAAUAAUAUUGUAGAUGAUAGAUCCAGAUUACCAAAUAUGAAUAAGUCACCUUUAUUAUGCACAAGUGUAAAAGUCACUAAAAAAAGUAAGAAAAAAAAUAUUGAUGGAAAAACAUUCAGUAGAAAAAAUUCUAAUAGAAAAAUAAAACUACACAAUGCUGAAGAAACAUGUAUAAUUCUAAGGAAGAAAUUUGAUUUUAUGAAUACAAAACUUUUUUCAAAAAAAUCUGAGGUUUACUCUUCAGAGAAGUGCAUGAAAGAUUCAGAUAUUAGUCAGAAAAAAAAAGAUGUGACUUUUAAAAAUGGCAUAAAUAAUAUUACACAAAACCUUACAGGUACAUGGUUAGAUGCAAAUAUAACAGAAAUAGUUGAAGCAAUUGUUGAUGAAUCUAAUGUUUGUACAUCUCUAAUUGGUCACUGUUCACAAGCCUUAGAGGUUGGCAAAAACCUUGAAAAAUCCAUUUCUACUUUGAAUAAAAACUUUCCAAGGUAUGAGACAGAGGUUUUAGGCAGUACUGAAACUGAUCCAUUAAAUACACAGAAGAAAGAAACACCAUUAGUAAGUAAAACUACUAUGACUGUGGAAAGUGAUGGAGUAAAAAAAACAGCACAUCAAGCCUUGUUAUCUAGUUUAAAUGAUAACUGUCAGUUCAAAGAAAUAACAGAUAUAAGGGAGAGGAAAACUAGAUUUCCUGAAAAGAGUGAGAGUGAUUUUAAAGUUGUUGAAACGGGCCAGAGUAAAAUAAAAGAGUUUAAUGAAAAGCAAAUAAGAUUAAUUACUGAAGAUAAAAUUGUGACAAGGCUCAGAGACCCAACUCCAGACAUAAACAUUGAUAUAUCUCCUGGUAAGUCUGAUAGCUUUUUGGGAGAUACAUUUUUGACAAUUGAUAUGGUAGAAGAUCAUGACUGUUAUGACAGAAAUUGUUCUUCUGGCAGAUUAGCUGAUUUAGAAUGUCCAUCAGGUGUGGCUCUUAAUUGUUACUCGGAGUUGACUUUACCAGAACAUGUGAGCUCCUCUCAAAGCUUGAUCACUGCACAGAAGGAAUCAAUUAUUAAAUAUUCAGAGAAUAUACCUAAACGUUCUACUGUUGAAAACCCACACUAUAAUAGUGAGCUAUCUAGAAAUGUCAAAAUGAAAAAAACUACAGUUAAUGUGGGAACACCUGAAGGAUUUCCAAUGGGCUCAUCUUCUGUCAGGAAAAAUUUGCAGACAAUUUCUCAAAGCAGCAUAUUUUCAUCUAAAGAUAUUGCUCAAAGCCUAAGAACAUACAGUAAAAAUUAUCAGAUAAAAAUAAAAGAGAAGGAAAAAAUGGGAUGCAUGGAUGAUAAUCCUGUGGUUUCAUCCAUAGGCAGAGGUAAUCAUUUAAAUCCAGUCAGGAAAGGACAACUUAACACUGAAGAUUCAAACAUGAUAGAAGUAACAGAAGAUAAUCCCAACGAUUCUACUUCUGUUACUAAUGCUGGAUUAGUAAGUAACAAAUUUGUAUUAUCUCAACCCAAAAGAUUCUCAGAGAAAAAUAAAUCACUUCAAAAUCUCAAUACUGUUACAAAAAUACCCGAUUAUAAAAUUCCAAAUAAUAAUAGAAUGUUACAUAAUAAGAAAUUGAUAAAAUGUAACAUUGCUCUUUCAGAGAAAAAAAUUGCAGACUGUGAAGAGAAACCUGUGAAGCCAGAAACUUCUAAAAAUGAGGAGUUGAUCACUACCACUGAUGUUGAGCUAGAAAACCAAAAAUAUUCUGUUUCAGCAAAAGCAGUUGCUUUAAGCUGUUCUAAUCCUCAAGUAGAUUUUUUCUUAUCUUGUGACUCGGAAAAUAAAGAGGAUGAAGGCUGUUUAUAUCUAGAUUCAUCCAAGUCACAACAGCAUCAGCAAUACUCUCCUAAGUCAGUUUCAGAAAGAAGACAGACAGCUGUCAACUAUACAUUACUACCGUUUUCAAGUGUUACAAAAGAACAAAGAAAUACAACAAAUUUAGAUAUCUGCCAAAUCACAUUAGUAUCUGAAAACUUGUUGAAAGCAGCCAUUAACAGUGAAAGUGUAGAAAACUUGCAAAAACAUUCUCAUUAUGAUAAUCAAGGGACUUGUGUCAAUGAUAAAUGGAAUUUAUCAAGUAUUACUCAUGAAGGGUUGUGUUCUGAAGUUCAUUGCAUACAUAUGACAACCAACAAAGAUAACUUAAUAAAAACAUUUGAAGAAAACCUGUCAUCUAUAGAAAAUAACAUGCAAAAUAGAUUUCAAAAUGGCACUGAAGUUUCAUCAAAUGUGGAACAAGAACCAAAUGAUCUAAAUUCUGAAAGUGAAUUUUUGGUAAAUAUGUCUUGUAAAUCGGCACAUAAAUUGUUCUUCACUGAUGAUGAAAAUGAAAAUUGUGAUAAUGAUGACUCACAACAGACUGCUAACUCCCUGAGGAAAUCAUCUCCAACAGUGACCCAAAAUAAGUUUAAACAGCAAGCUUCUUCAAACUUAGAAUAUUCUGAAAAAAUCUCUAAAAAAAAAGAUCUUUAUAAGACCCCUGAGUCUGUUCAAGAAUUACAUACAACAAAUGCUAUGCCAGAACCUGAAUUAAAAAAUAUUUAUGAAAACCAGUAUGGAGUUGGUACACCUGUUAAUUUCGGAAUGUUUAAAAGUGUAAACCUCUCUCCUGUUGUGAAGAUUAAACGGCUUCCAUUUUCUGUGAUAAAGUCAAUUGUAGUAAAAUCUGCAGACAGCACACAAAAGAAGACAUCACUGAGUAUUUCUAGUAGUAGCCCUACUAGUGGUAGUUUAAAGUCUGUUGACUCUGAAACAGAAAGCUGUUGUUUUUCUAAAAAAGAGAGUAAAAGAGACUCACAUUUUAGUGAGAGUUGUAAAAGUACAGAUGACAAAGCUAAUGUGCCUGGUUCUUAUUUAUCUGAAAUUUCACAAACAAGACGAACCUGUGACCACUUGUUGUCUUCUUCAGUAUUUAAAGAAAGACAAAGUAAUUUUAGUGUUUUAAAGCAAAAACUAUCAUUUGCAGAAGGUAUGAUUUCAGAAGAUGUGAAGAAAUGUACAAGUUACUCCAAAAAGUCAGAACUUGACAUACCUAAUGUUAAGUCUUUAGACAUGUAUAAUAUACAAGCCACAAUAAGGAGCAGUGGAAACAACCAUAGCACAGAAGUUUCACCUCCUAGACCACCACUGAAUAAUGUAGGAUCAUUUUACCUUGAUGAGUUGGAUACUGAAAUACUUGAUUAUGAACCAGAACCUCAAGAUGUAAGCUUAGAAGUAGCUUCAAUCAGAACCUUAGAAUUUGAAGAAGAUUUGAUGAUAUCAGGACUAGGUUCCCAUAGAAAUGAAAAAAGAGAAAACUUUAAAAUUGAUGAUCUGACUAAUUCAGAAGCCUCUGAAGUUGAAUGUCUUGAAACAGAUAAAUCAACCACAAAAGAUAUUGAAAGAUAUAUGAAGACUAACUUAGAUACUGGUACUGAGGCUCAGGCAAGCUCAGAAAGCAUAGCAGUUGCAGAUGAGGAAAACACAGAUAGUGAAAGUGGAAUAUUUCAGUGGAUAAAGAAAAAUCAACAAAGAAAUAACCAUAAAACUAUUCUUAACACAAGACACCCUAAUGAAUUUGCACAAAAAGUUGAUACACAAAUGCUCCUAACAGAAAAUCACUCCAUGAAUCUUCCAACUGAUGAUGUAGGUGUUGAUGAGGAAGAUACCCUUUCACUUUGUCCCUGUUCACCUUCAAUUUUAAUGGAAGAUUUGAGUAAUAAUGAAGAAGAACCUCAUGACAGUGGUGUUGCUGAGAAAUCAAGACUCAAGUUUCCUUCAGACGAACCAUUGUCUUCAAAUAAAUUUCCUUGUGCUGAUCCUCGUUUAACAUCUUCAGAAAGGUUGAAAAUGAAAAUCCAACAAAGUGAAAGAAUUGCAAACCAGGAAAGUAACAGUUCAAAAGGUAUUAUUAAGAAAAUUGGAAACAAAAACAUUCUAACAGAUUUUGGCAAGAAAAAUCUGAAAGUGACUGAAUCACAAGAUAAGAGUCAAGGAUGUAAAAUCAUCAGCAGUGAAAAAGGUAGAGGGAGAAAUAAUUCUAUCAGAAGUAUUGCCUUUACUCCAAAAGGUUAUUGUCGAUCCUUCUGGUUGCAUGGACAGUGUAAUCGUAAUUGGUGCAAGUUUGUUCAUAUGCUUGGUUCUGGAAAGGUGAACUCUGAAUGUUUUGGAGAGAAUGUGAAGGGUUCAUUGCUAAGCCAGGAUCUUGCUCAUGAAUCAGAGGCAAUAAUUCUUCAACACAUCAAGAAGUCCUGCGAACAAGGCACUUUAAAUAAGGCCUUUCAGGACUUUCAAAAAGUAUAUCUUAGACAACAAGUUCACUUCAUUAAACAACUACUUCGUAUUUUGGCUAGUUCCUCUGUGAAACUGAAGCAGUCAGGACGAGUUAAGUUUGUAGUGCAGUAUAUCAGAAAGCUUUUUCUUGUGGAUGGCAGUUUUUGUAGUGAAAUAAUAUCGUUAUGUGAAGAAUGCAUGGAGCACACUAGGGAUGCACUAUGGGACAUCUUCCAGCUCUGUUCUGAGAACAAGAUUAGCCUUCAUCCAAAAGCAAUUCAAAUCUUAAUGCAUGCUUUCAUGACACACAUGCGAGACUGGAGCAAAAUUUUUCCAGUGAUGAUGUAUGGUGUCAGUUACUGUCAUAUUCAAAUUCCUUCUGAUAUUCUAGAUCUUGGUCUUCAAGAACUUCAUCAUAAUCCCUACCUUUGUAACUUACCCUUGAUUCUUGUAGACAAACUGCCUCCUUCAGAUUUCACUCAUCUCAGUUCUGAUGGAAUCAGAAACUUUAUAUCAGUUCUGAAUAAAGUUGGGAGGUAUGCUGAUGCUAAAAAGAUCCAUUAUAAACUAGAAAUGUUAAGUAACCAACAGCGUAGUAAGUUUCUUUCAAGCCAGAAUAACUCGUUUGAAACAAACCUGCUGACUAGAAUUCACAAGUUUGUGGAUGAAGACUCCUGGGGUCAAGUGCAAACUAUUUUCAGUGAAGAUGGAUUAGAACGAAAGGAUGGAAAUGUCAUUUUUACAAUUUAUAAUGCUAUCUCUCAACAUACAGAUAAAGCUGGAGAAAAGUUUUCUUGUUUUGUUCGUACUGUGACUUUAAAUGGCAGUCAUCUACCUGAUAAACCUCACCAAUACCUGCUAGCUCAGAUGGGCUGUGCAUUGCUGCUGGAAAGCCAUCAGAAUAACCAUCUCAAUGUAACAUUUGAAGUGCUGGAAACAAUGCUAGACUACAAGAUAGAUUUCUAUCAGCUUCUACAACAUGACACUGUUCCAAUUGCUAACACAAUUGGGAUCCCACCACUUGUUAUCAAAUCUCCAUCCCAUGUUGCACUUGUUGCUGUAGAAAUAUGCUUGACAUUGGAGAAACUGAGAGAAGCACAGAAAAUAUUAACAAUGACUGAUUGGGUUAUAACUACCAAUCAGAACCUUGAACUACAAGCACAGGAACAGUUGUGGAGAGCACAGCUACUUAAGAAGCUAUCUACUCAACUACUGAAAAUUGAACAACUGAGAAAUGGUGCCUUGGUUCUUAAGAAACUUCUUGAAACUCUUAAAAAUGAUUUAAGUGACCCCAAAACCCAACAGAACAUGACUGAAGAGAUCAGUGAAUUGUACAAUCAGUACAUUGUCAAAUUGCUUAACUGGCGUGAUCUGAAUGAGGCCAUGGCUCUGUAUGAAUAUUUUCGCCAUCUUGGAGCAUGGUUGGAUCUGGAUCGCCCAAUCUUACGAGCCUUGGUGGUCACAUGUAUGCAGUUAGAAAGGACCAAGGAAGCCCAUGAACUCUUCAAACAUUGCUGUCUGAUGGGUGUCUAUACAAUGCAAAAACCAAAGCCAUUUUCUUUUCCACACCGUAUCAAGAUUCAAAGUUGUCUAAUGGAGGAAGAAAUCCAUUUAAUCUUAAAAGGUUAUAUUGAACAAAUCUACAAUUUGAUUCGAGUAUCUCAAAUCCCAGGACAGAAGUCACCUGAAUUUGAAAAGUCAUUUUCUCUGCAUAUUUAUUUAGAGGAAGUGCAAACUGAAAAUACUCAUGGUAUUUUGCUUCUUGAAAGUACCUCCACAGCACUCUUUAGCAUUAGAGAAAGAAUUAGUUCUGUUUUAAGCUGUCGACUGACACCUCCUCUUGAAUUAUCAUCACUAGGAACACAAAAUAUGUUGAUUGUUAACCCUUAUUGUUUGUAUCAACUUCUUGAAGCAUGGGAGAGUUUGAACUUGUCUGCACUUCCACUUUCGACUUUCCAAACAACAAAGUUACAUGCAUCACUAGGGCAGUUGCAAGUGGUUAUGCAGGAAUCUCCUAAGGCUUGUAAUUUUAGGAAGCCUCUGAAUAAAGACAUCUACCCGUCUAGUGAAGAAUUAGAAGUUUAUGCGAGAGAUGUUGAGAAUGAAGAAAGUACAAGAAAAACUCGUACUUCCAGGAGUAAAAAAUUAGGCUUUAUGGGCCACUCUUCAAGCUCUCCUUUCAAACUGAACUUCUGCAAGAAAUCUGAUUUUCUUAUACCUGCUCCAGGAGAAUGGAGAAGUAAUUCUACUGAUUUUACAAGCUCUGGCAGGGUGGAAGUUAAUGUACCAUGCUAUUCAGGUAAUCGAGCCAUGUUGCCUACUUUCCCUCCCCAGUUAGGAAAAAGAACAUUAAAUAAUACAGUGAAAAAGAAGAAUUACAGAAAUAAUAGAAAUAAAAAGAGACGUAUAAGAGCUCAAUGUCAUGUGGCUAAUGUGGAUUCAGUGCUAUGUACAAAUAAAACUGUUGUAGGUGUAGAGUCUUCAGCAAACUACUGUUCAGGAAAACCAACCAGAAUAAAAAAGAUAAGUAAUAAUUUAUCGGUUGCACCUAAUUGUAGUAAAACAGAGAAGAGUGGUUUGAUGACAACCCAGAUAAAGAAAAAUAAACUAGCACUAGAAUCUUUAAAGGUUCAUUUGACUCCAUCGCAUUUGGGUGCAUCAAGGAUGGUAACAUCUCUGAAACAGUGUGAUUUCCUACCUUAUGGACACCCAGCUGUAAAAGGUCCUUCUAGCUCUGAAGAUGUCAGAAAUGUAGAUAUGUCAAGUAAGAAACAUUUACCUCAUUAUGAGAAAUUCAUUCUUGAACCAGUGUCACAAAUGAAGGAUUUGUCGGCAGCAGAUAUCGGAAGGCAAAAAAAAUGUCAGACAGUGAGCAGAGCAUCUCGGGUAUCUUUUUUAACAAGAAAACAUAAUUAUGUUACAAAAGGUGAUGUUUCAGAGGAAGCUAUAUCCAUGAAUCACCCAUCUACUGGUACAGCAAGACAGUCUAUAGGAAUGAAGACCAUUCUCUCACCUUCAAAUCUUAUGUGUACAUUGUCUAAUGCUAAUGAAAGAAUUGUAUUUGAUAAGACAUUUAAUUAUUUGAAAACACAAUUACUUUGUCGUUCUGCAACCAAGCAACCUGAGGCAGAACUUGAUGCUCAUGCUAAAACUCUAAGCUAUCAGUUUAUUACCAUGGAAAAAAAGAGAGGUCCUGUAAUGGUACAAAAGAGUUUGUUUAAAAGAUUAACAGAUUUUGGCAAUGCAAACAUCAGUUUUGAAUAAAAGACUUUUGUGCUUGUCAGGUUUUGGCAAUUAAGAUAUCUUAUGAGAAUAGCAUUUAUAUAGAAGUGAGCUACUGAUUUUGUAUGAGCUCAAUACAUUAUUGUAUGGAAACUGUAGUUCAUUUUUAACAGAACUGUAAGUGUUUUGUGCAUUUUUUGUAUUGCUAUUUGUUAUCUACACUAGGAUAACAAUUAAAAUACAUCAGCUGUUCUGAUAAUGUGGAUAAAAGUUAUUUCCUAUUAAAUGUUUUUCUUUCAUUUUAAAAUAUUUUCAAAGCAGAUUUGAAGAUUUGUUUAUGCAAUUGUUGGUUAUUUGAGUUUAUUUAUGGUACUAAUAUGAAUGUGAGUCAAGACACCACAUUCAUUUAUAAAUUAAGGUUAUACUUAAAUCUGGCUGUAAAAUUUGUUUUAUAAAGAAGCUUUGUCCAAACCAAGAUGAUGUUUUGAUAUAAAUUGUGUAAAUGUGUUAUAUCAUAAUUCACCAUAAGAAACUUAAGUUUAGUUUCAGCUGAUCUGAAAACAGGUAAACUAAAUUAUCAUAGAAGUCAUUAUCAUGGACUAGAUAAGAACUGUUUGAUGAAAAACUGAAUUAGCUGAUAUAUGCAAAAAAUAAAACAAUGCAACAAAAUUAUCUUGCAUAAGUCAUAAUUUGACAAUUUCAGUAUACCUGAAAGGGGUAAAUAACAAACAUUUUUGCCUAAGUCACUUUAAGAACAUUGCUACAUCCACUUAGUUAUUUUUAAUUAGAAAAAUCUGUAAGUGAUAGGAGAUAGUAAAUAUUAUAUAUUUGACUUAGAAGGAGGUAUCCCCUUAAGAAAUUGUUAAAAAUACAGGACUUGAUGAAAAGUUAAAACUAAAUAAUAUCACAGAGCUAACUUGAUAUCAUCAGACAGUAGAUGAUUAGCUAAAAAAGCAACAUCACAAUCUCCUUUCCAUUACUUUAGUGCAUUUUUGUAACUGUAAAAUUAUCAAGUACUCAGUAUUGAUAUGGUAGAGAUUUCUAACUGAGGUAGCAGGUUAAAAAUAGGAAUUAAAAGUGAUAGUUUUAAUUUGGCAAAAUCUUUCACACACAAAAUUAUAGUGAAGUGUCAAAAAAGAAAGUUAAAAAAGUACUCUUAUGAGUUAGUGUGGGUAAAAAAAUUGUGAGUCAGUGAGGGAUAAUUAAAAUUGUGUUGGACUAAUAUUAUUAUUAGUAAGGAUUAAAUAGAUCUUUGUAUUUUCAGACAUCAAUUGAAUUAAAAAGAACAACUGUGUUUGUACACAAAGUUAGAGUAUUUAUUAAUGAAGAUUUUGCAGAAAUGUACAACUGAUUUAUAGAAGAGGUAGGAGAGCAAUGUGUCCUUCCACUAAAUAGCUUCCCGUUACAUUCGAAAACUUAUUGAAUAGAUAAUACCCCCGAAGUCUCUCUCAGGUAAAAUAUCUUUACAAAAUAUAUAUAAGAUUAUGACCAUACAAACUAUAAUUUGAAGACCUUUAUCUUUCAUAUAUUGUCAGAAAGAAACAUUUGCCUCAAAGCUUCUUUAUAAAACAAACAUGCCUCAUCAUGUGUCUUUACUGUCAUUGAUAUAGUUGGAUCACUGUAAACAUUAAGUGAAUUAUUCAGAUUAACAGCAUAAGAAGCUUAGUGUAAAA